CAUAUUAAUAGAGACUGUCCAAGCGUGUUCCAUACACACCUACAAUGGGUAAAGUGCGGUUGUGUGUGUUUUUACUUGUUUUGUUUAUCCAACACCAAACCAUUUCAGCAAAGCCAUCAUUUUGGUCUGAAUUAUUUGAAAUGUUUUCUGACUGCGACUCGUUCGACGAUGACGAUGACAGCUCUGAUUCAGACUCGGACGAUUCAAAAUCGGAUUCUUCUUCAUCAGAUUCCAAGCCGAUCUUCAAUAUGACAUUACCUUCAUCCAAAAAUGGUCUAAGCGUCGUGGUGGAGAAACGGAAUGGUCAAAUAGCUGUAAACGUAAACAGUCUUGGUGACUCUAAGUCUGGAGAUGCACCACCUGAAGCUACCACUGCAGCAACCACUGCUGCUGCUGCAACCACCACUGCAGCACCUACUACUACAGCUGCCAAAGCGUAGAUUUUUUUAUGACAAUAAAUCUUAUUUAAGUUUA